GGGGCCGCGGCCCGUACCCCGCUCGGCCGCAGGCCGGGCAGCUGGAGGGCCGCGGAGGUGCUGCUGUGGCUCCGCGGCCUGGGGCUCGAGGAGGCGCCCGAGCGCGCCACGCUGCCGCUCAGCGGCGAGCAGCUGCUGGCCGCUCAGGACGCGGAGCAGCUGGCCGCACAGUGCCACCAGAGCGAGGACGCCACGGAGCUGGCCCAGUCCUGGCGCCGCACGCUCGCCGCCGCCCACUCCGCCCUGGUCGGUGCCGCGGUCCGCUCGGAGGGGCGCCUCGAUAAUUGGGAGGACUUCCAGAACCGCGUGGCCAGCCGUCAGAGACCGGAUCAUCCCGCUGGCGGAGCUCAGUGUGUCGAAGGCCCCCGACGGCGCUGCACGCGUGCAGACGGGCAGUUGGAAGAGGCUCACAGUGGAGGUCUUCUCCCUGCCGCUGUGCCUGCCCUUCGCGCGCUCCAGCCGCGCUUCCACCAUGAUGGCCUCCCGCACGUGUCGACCGUCGCGGCGCAGGGCUGGGCGCGGGAUCUCGAGGUGCUGGCGUCCCUGCACGGGCACGCGAACAUCCGCAGCCUGCUGGGGGUGACGCUGGUCCCGCUGGAGGCGCGCCCGGGCACGGCGGCGCUGGCGCUGGUGCACGAGGCGUCGGCGAGCGGCAAGCUGCUGUUCGAGUGGAUCCACGCCAGCCUGCCGGACGGCAGCAGGCGGCCGAUGGAUUUCCGCUCGCAGCUCCGCAUCUGCAUCGGCCUGUGCGACGGCCUGAAGGCGCUGUCGUCCAAGGGCCUGUCCCUCGGCGCGCUCUGCUCUGUCAACGUGGAGCUGGCGGUGAUCGGGGGCCAGCUGGUUCCCAAGAUCAUGCGUGCAGGCGCCUCUUGGUGGCGCUGGGGCUGGCGCGAGUCCCUCCGCGCGCGCGCGGCGGGGCAGCCGCGCCAGCAGGCGCAGACUGUGCAGGAGAUCGUCCGCAGAUACGCCGCGUGCCCCGUCAACUGGCUGGCGCCCGAGGUUCUGCGCGGCGGAGAGCCUCACGAGGCCGCCGACAUCUAUUCCUUCGUCGACCUUCUGCUGUGGGAGAUGCUGUACAGAGCUAUUCCUUUCGGAGAUUAUUCCAUCGCGCAGAUCGUCGGUGCGGUGGGCUACGGUGGGCGGCAGGUCCGCGCAGUGGCUUCUCCUGGCGCCUCCACGGAGACAAGCCUGCUGCACGAAGCUGUCUCCCGCUGCGCGCAGGGCGAACCGGCAGGUCGGCCCUCUUGCGCCAGGCUGCUGCAGACUCUGAGAGAGACGUCGGAGUUGUUCGAGCGGCGCAAGGCGAAGCGCAGCGUUUUGGGCAAGUUGGGAGACAAGGCCGAAGGCUUCCUGGCCUCAAACCUGCUGUCCAGCGGCCUGCAGCGGAGCCUCUACGGCUCCGACCUGGUGCCGCGGGGAGCCGCGGCCGCCGCCGCCGGCGUGGCCGCGGAGCCCGACGAGGAGGGCCCGCGCAUGGUGCGGUUGGCGUCCGGUGAGUGGGUACAGGUGGACGAGGACCUUGUCGAGACGUUCCCUGGGGACGAGGAGAAGUGGCGGGCGCUGAUGGAGUUUCGCGCAAUGUUGCCUGCAAGGUCCUGA